UCCCACAAUGCAAAUUGUACACAUGUUUUGCAAGUAAAUUGUACAUGUAUAUAUGUGUUCUUAAGACAGCUUAUAAGUAACAUGCAAAGUUUCAAAAUAUGAAUGGAUUAACUCUAAAACAAAAUGAAAAUGUGAUUUGGACACAGAAAUAAUAUGGACAGUGUCAUUUAUUUGGAUGUAUAUUGUGCAUUUAUUUUAACCUGGUAGAUUAGAAAGACGGUCGUGAUAAAUUUAUUGAUCGGUUUUUACCUAUAAAUUGAGUACGUGAUGAUUGACAACUAUUGAUGCAGAGUUGGACGAAUUACGUCAACAAAUAAUACUUAAAAGGAAUUGUCUUUAUGCACAGAAGAAGUUUGGCAAGUGUAAAUAAGACGAUUGAUUACAAGUUUUGACUUCAUUGUGAUUUAAAAUCAUGUAAAGUGCAAUUAAAUAAAGUUAAAUUACUUCUAUUGUAUCAUAUUUUGCUACACGAAGAAAACAUGGUACAUUUUGUGUUGUGAUUAUUUUAUAGUGUGUUGAAACGAUUUAUAAACAGACUAAGUGUGUAAACAUCACUAACACAGUCAAACCUACUUUCCAAGAUAUUGGUAAACAAAGACCAGCAUUCCAAGCAUGAAUUGGUUCAGUUAGUAAGACUCUUGUAGCCUUAUAACAAUUACAAAUAACAUAAACAAAAUCAACAGCUUUAGUUAUUACCCAAAUAAAAUAAUAAAAUGAAAUGUGACGUGUUUCCCUUAACUUAGGGCAGUGUGAAAGCUAACAAAGGUAAUAGUGAGAUCUCAAAAGUUGCUGAUCUACAAGGCAGAAGACUCGCUGACAGUAUGUGCUAGGUGUUGUUACCUCCACUCACUCACUCCUCAUUUUGUAUCCGGGUGAACUAUGAUGAACUCUGGUAUGGUAAGCAUGUCCCACGCCCAUGGCAUGUCCAUGGGAUCUGGGGGAAUGCCUCCCGGAAUGAUGUCGGGGUCCGGUAUGCCCAACAGCAUGUCCCCAUGUAUGCCCAACACCAUGGGACAUGGCAUGCACAACAGCAUGGGCUCCCCGGGCAUGCCCCCGAGCAACAUGGGCCACAUGCCCGGUAACAUGCCCCCGCAGAUGUCCGGUAUGGGCCCUGGACCUGGUGGUCCGAUGCAUCCGCGAAUGAGCCCUGGAAUGUCUGGACCUGGAAUGUCGCCCGGUAUGAGUCCAGGAAUGCCUCACGGGGUGUCUCCUGGAAUGGGACCUGGUCCGGGUCAAGGGAUGGGUAUGGGGGGCCCGCAGGGGGUUCCCGGGCCUCCAAACGGGCCUCCAAUGUCGCACGGGAUGGGCCCUGGUGGUCCAAUGAUGAACUCUGAUCCUUUUUACUCAUCGCCGUUUUCUAUGUAUUCCAACAGGCGUCAGGCACCAUACAUGGGUCAGCCAGAUUACCGGAUGUACGAGUUGAACAAGAGGCUCCAGCAACGCUCAGAGGACAGUGACAACCUAUGGUGGGAUGCCUUUGCUACGGAAUUCUUCGAAGAUGAGGCCUCGCUCACACUUUCUUUUUGUCUGGAAGAUGGACCCAAACGCUACACCAUAGGUCGAACGCUAAUCCCCCGCUAUUUUCGGAGCAUAUUCGAGGGCGGGGUUACUGAUCUCUACUACAUCCUGAAGCAUCCGAAAGAGUCGUUCCAUAAUACGUCCAUCACGUUAGACUGCGAUGUCGCCACCAUGGUCACCCAUCACGGAAAACCCAUGUUUACAAAGGUUGUAACGGAAGGCAGGCUAGUGUUAGAAUUCACAUUCGAUGACCUGAUGCGGAUACGCUCGUGGCAUUUCGCGACCCGUCAACAUCGGGAGCUCAUCCCCCGAAACAUCAUCGCAAUGCAGAUGGGGGCUAAUGAGGAACCAGCAAUGGUGGAACAGCUGGGGAAAAACAUUACACGACAGGGUCUAACAAACUACACUCUUAACUUUCUUAGGUUAUGUGUCAUCUUGGAGCCGAUGCAGGAACUGAUGUCACGUCACAAAGCGUAUGGACUAACACCUAGAGAUUGCCUCAAGACGACUCUAUUUCAGAAGUGGCAACGAAUGGUGUCCCCACCCGGAAAAGGUAAUCCCCAACAUGGCGAAAUGCCAAAUAUGCAUCCUCAAGAUAUGCCUGGACAAAAGACAAAAAGAAAACUAAGUUGUUCACCACAAGAUGACACAACGCGGCAGCCAGGUAAGCGUCGUAAGCGGAAGUCGUCGACAGGAAGUGCAGCGAACGUGAACAGCGCGGUGCCCCCCUCAGGGAAACAGAAGCGGUCACCAGGGCCGCAGGGAAUCAACUCAUCAGUGCCUGGGGAUGUUAUGGUGGUUGGUGAGCCGACGUUAAUGGGCGGGGAGUUCGGAGAUGAAGACGAGAGAUUAAUAACGAGGCUGGAGAACCAGCAGUACGAAAACAGCCUGAACGACGAAGAGAAGUUCAACCCUAACUCUCCUGCUCUGCAGCAGCAUAACAGCCCGUGGGGCGGUGGAGGAGAUAAGAAACCAAUGAUACCUACGUCCGGGUCGAAUUCCAUGAACGAUGACGCAAAAACUGAACAAUGAAAUUUGAUUAAUUAUGAAUAAGACAUUUUAUUCUGUGCUUGUAGUUUUUUGAAGAGUUUACAAUGUGUAUGCUCGUGCUGACCCAAAGGUGAUUUUAACUUGUUUUCCGAAUCCAUAAGGCGACGCAAAAACUGAACUAUAAAAUUUAUGAAUGAGUAAGAAAGAUUUGUUGUCUGAACUUAAGGUUUUUGGUCAGUUUGAAAUGUAAACGCAAGCACUAAGACGAUUGCUUUGUUGCUAGUUUUCUUUAUUUCGACACGGGAGUUGAUUUAAAGAGCAAAGACCAACUGUUGUCUGAAGUUACGUCUGUAGACAAAAUGUUGUCUGAAGUUACGUCAGAAGACUCAAUUUCGUCUGAAGUUACGUCUGCAGACUAAAUGUAGCUGAAGUUACAUCUGCAGACUAAAUGUGACUGAAGUUACGUCUGCUAAUUUAAUGUCGUCUGAAGUUACGUCUGCAGACUAAAUGUUGUCUGAAGUUACAUCUGCCAAAUUAAUGUCGUCUGAAGUUACGUCUGCAGACUAAAUGUUGUCUGAAGUAACGUCUGCAGUCUAAAUGUAGUUGAAGUUACAUCUGCAGACUAAAUGUGGCUAAAAUUACGUCUGCUAAACUAAUGUCCUCUGAAGUUAUGUCUGCAGACUUAAUGUCGUCUGAAGUUACAUCUGCAGACUAAAUGUCAUCUGAAGUUACGUCUGCCAAACUAAUGUCCUCUGAAGUUAUGUCUGCAGACUUAAUGUCAUCUGCUGUUAAGGUUUCUCUUGUUAAGAAGACUGACACACGAGUGUAAGGCGAACGUUGUCUGCCUGUUAUGACGCAAGAAUUGAACUGUAAUUGUCUGAUGUUUGGUUUUCAUUUAUUUAUUAUGAGAUAUGUUUGUAUGAAGGUAUUAUGGCUGAUGAUUUUCGGGUUAUGUUUUUGUCAGGGAUAAGUGUGCAGAUUAAAUGUGGGUUGUUC